AUGGAGUUUAAAAAUCUAUCUGUUUUAGCUCUCUUUUUGUUGGUUCUGGUGGGAAUUCAUGGAUCUAACUCAGGAGAAGAAUAUUGGAAAUCUGUUUGGCCAAACACUCCUAUACCUAAGGCACUUUCGGAUCUCUUAUUGUCUGGAACCGAUAUGCCUAUCAAAAUUCAAGAAGAGAAUCAAUAUUGGACUAUCUUUUUUGAACAUGAUCUAUAUCCUGGGAAAACAAUGAACUUAGGCAUUCAGAAACAUUCAGAUAUCCAAUCAUCAAAAUCAUCAACAUAUCUACCGAUCAGAAAAACGUGUCAGACUUUGAGGACUCAUAAAUGGUUUGAAGAAACACCAGAAAAAGAAAAUCAACCUUUUGGAUUGUGCAUAUGGUUUAAAAAAGAAACUACAACAGAAAAUCAACCUAUUUUGGGCAUGGUCUAA